GGCGGGGCCGCAGCAGCGCGGGGAAGAUGCGCUCGGCGGCGCGGACAGCCGCCUUCCUCCUGCUCUGCGCGGUGGCCUUGGGUCUCUACUUCCCCAGGAAGGAGUACCUGGAGAAUGUCUACAUUGAUGCGCCAGCGGGAAUGCCGCUCCUGCACAUCCAUGCCCUGAAGGAUUCACGUGAGGAAGCGGCCCACUUUCAUCUGUGCCAGAAUCUCAUAAUUUCUCGAGCAAGAUCACAUGAAAAUAAUUGGUUCCAAAUUAGAGAAAAAACAGGACUUCUGUACCUCAGCAAAAGCCUGGAUAGAGAGGAUUUUAACAUGCUGUCUGUAGGAAAUUGGAUGCCGUUAUCCAAGGUGAUGCUGUAUGUCUUCCUUUCAUCCCACCCUUUCCAAGAGAGGGAAUGUGACUCCGCUACACGCACCACGGUUUUUCUCUCUUUGAUCAAUGCUACUGCACCAGCUUGCAGUUCCCUGACAGCAAGGCAGCUUUGCUUCACAGAAAUGGAUCUCUCCUUUCACAUCAAGGAGAAUAAACCACCUGGUACAUUUCAUCAGCUCCAGUUACCCUCAGUUCAUCAUCUGUGUCAGAAUCUCAGCAUUUCCUACAAAUUGCUUGCAGCUGAAGGUGUUCCCUUUCGGUACAACGAGAACACCACCAGCGUGCGGGUGACGCGGAGCCUGGAUCGGGAGGAGAGGGAGAGAUACGAGCUCAUUGCCAAGUGCACCGUCAGAGAGGGGUUCAGGGAAAUGCAGGUUGAGGUGCCUUUCCUGGUGAACGUGUUAGAUGAAGAUGACUCUCCUCCCUUCCUUCCCAAUGGCACUGAUACUGCAGAUGCUGUCGUGGAGUUCAACAGGAAAGAGGGCACUGUUCUUUCCACGCUGACCGUGUACGAUGCAGACACCACACCUAUCUACCCCCUUGAAAGCAGCAGAAAGAAAUACACAGGAACCAUCAUUACUGAUGAUCCCUGGAUAAGUGAAACAUUUCGUGUAGAGCACAUCUUCGAUGAAAUCCACUUCAACCCAAAUGGCAGCCAAGUGAGGGGAACUCGGCAUGACUACAAACUGGUGCUGAAUAAAAGCAUUUCAGUCACAGAGCAUCGUUCCUUCCAGCUGGAUGUUUUGGUGAAUGACACAGAAUUUCAGGGCCCAGAAAGAUCGGUGAUGCUUCAUUUCAAUGUCUCCAUCCUCCCUGUCAGCAUCCAGUUUUCAAACAUCACUUACCAUUUCACAGUGAACAGAAAUGCUGAACGCUUCGCACAAAUAGGAAAGAUCUGCAUUGAGAACUGCAUGAAAUUCCGUGGUGUAAACAUCACCUACAAGCUGCUGUCCCCCAACACGAGCUGCUAUCCUGUCAGCAUUCUGCAAGGCCGAGAGGACAAAUAUGGGAGCCUUUAUGUGAACGAUUCCUCUGUGCUGCGCAGACCUGAGUGCAGGGAAAUACAGUACACUGUGCAAGCUACAGACAAGCAGAGCAGGAAACACACCAAAACCCUCCUCACUCUUGUCCUGGAAGGGACUUUUUUAAGGAAAGAAGAGGACUGCCCCGACUCCUGUGCUAUAAGUAAGCACCGUGCUGAAUGUGAAGAGUGUGGUGGCCUGGGAGUGCUAACAGGAAGAUGCCAGUGGAGACAGGGGAGUGGGAAAGGCAUCACCACAAACUAUUCCACGUGCACCCCCAGCAUCAAGACUUGUCCGGAUGGCAUCUGUGAUGUGGUGGAGGGCAGAGACCCGGCUGUGUGCCCCCAAGACUGCACAAGUGGAAACAUUAUUGGUGGCCAUGGGAAGGGCAUUGGAAAUCUUGGAAUUAAGUCGGGACAUGGGAUUUGUUACUGCUUCCCAAGACAGAACUGUUAUUGUGAGAAAGAUGAUAUCAAAGAGCAACUGUGUGAUGAUGUGUGCAAGACGGUGAUCACAGCAGCAGUGGUGCUGUGCUUCGUCAUCUCCGUGCUGGUUUCUUACUACUGCAUCCACCGCUACCACAAGAACUCCCCGAAGCCGCCCAUCGCCUCCGCGGAAAUGACGUUCCGGCGCCCGGCGCAGUCCUACCCCAUCAGCUAUUCCUCCAGCAAUGUCCGCCGGCCUUCCCUGGAUUCCAUGGAGAACCAGGUGUCCGUAGACACCUUUAAAAUCCCUGAAGAUCCAAAGUGGGAAUUCCCUCGGAAGAACCUAGUCCUGGGCAAGACUCUUGGAGAAGGAGAAUUUGGGAAGGUUGUCAAGGCGACAGCAUUCCGACUCAAGGGAAGGGCUGGCUAUACCACUGUGGCAGUGAAAAUGUUAAAAGAAAAUGCUUCCCAGAGUGAGCUGCGAGAUCUCCUGUCAGAGUUCAACCUUCUGAAACAAGUCAACCAUCCUCAUGUCAUCAAACUUUAUGGAGCCUGCAGUCAAGAUGGCCCGCUGUAUUUAAUUGUGGAAUACGCCAAAUACGGCUCCUUACGCAGUUUCCUCAGGGAAAGUCGAAAAGUGGGCCCGAGCUACGUGGGCAGUGAUGGCAACAGAAAUUCCAGUUAUUUGGAUAACCCUGAUGAGAGAGCCUUAACGAUGGGAGACUUGAUAUCGUUUGCAUGGCAGAUAUCCCGAGGGAUGCAGUACCUGGCAGAGAUGAAGCUCGUGCAUCGGGAUUUAGCAGCCAGGAAUGUGUUGGUGGCAGAAGGGCGCAAAAUGAAGAUUUCUGAUUUUGGCCUCUCACGUGAUGUAUAUGAAGAAGAUUCGUAUGUAAAGAGGAGCAAGGGUCGAAUCCCUGUGAAGUGGAUGGCCAUAGAGUCCCUGUUUGACCAUAUCUACACAACACAAAGUGAUGUAUGGUCAUUUGGAGUUCUGCUAUGGGAGAUUGUUACUUUAGGAGGCAAUCCUUACCCUGGUAUUGCUCCUGAAAGACUCUUUAACCUCCUAAAAACAGGCUAUAGAAUGGAGAGGCCAGAAAACUGCAGUGAAGAAAUGUACAACCUCAUGUUGCGCUGUUGGAAGCAAGAACCUGAUAAAAGACCAACAUUUACUGAGAUCAGCAAGGAACUAGAGAAGAUGAUGGUGAAGAGUAGGGACUACUUAGACCUUGCGGCUUCCACUCCCUCCGAUUCCUUACUGUACGAUGAUGGGCUCUCAGAAGAGGAGACACCUCUCGUGGACUGUAAUAAUGCUCCCCUCCCUCGAACCCUCCCUUCCACAUGGAUUGAAAACAAACUCUAUGGCAUGUCAUACCCGAACUGGCCUGAGGAGAGCCCCGUUCCACUCACAAGAUUCGAUGGCACUAACUCUGUGUUUUCAAGAUAUGCAAAUGAUAGUGUAUAUGCUAACUGGAUGGUUUCACACUCAGCGGCAAAAUUUAUGGACAAGUUUGAUAGCUAAAAUUUUCUUUGUGAAAGGUAAUGGACUCCUGAGGAAAACAAGGAGGCAAAGAGUGGGAAGUCCAUUGGCUCGUUCUUUGUACAAUCAACAACUAACUUUCAAAUUGGCAAACCCCUUUAUUAGUAGUUUUUAAAGUGUGUUAUUUAUGCUGAAGACUAUAAUUGGUACUCUCCCCUUUCAGAAAACAUAUCAAGCUGGGUAAGAGUUGUAGUUCUGGUACUUCUUUCUAAGUUGCCAGUUUGCAAAUGGUUCCAUUUGGCAACUUCUUAGUGCAAAUGGCCUUGCACUUCAUCCUUGGUGUUUUUUUAGACUAACCAUCCUGUGUUACAGCGUUCUGGGAUGGUCAUAUGUACUUGAACUGCUACUUUUAUAGUGGCUGUUAGCAUACAACCACUUGAUCUAAGCAGGAAGCACAAACAAUAUAUAGAAGGGAGGAGGGAAACAGGCUCCCAGAUUACUGAGCUUGCUAUCAAAUGACAAGUGUUAGAAUGACGUUGGCACUAACAAAGCCAAUAUCUUGGUUUGGAAGCAAACAUUUAGUAACUCAAUAGAGGACUUGAGAUUCAACAUUUGAAGUCUUGUAAAAUGUAUUGUCUUGUCUUAAUGAGAAGAAAAAUUUGUUUUAUUAGUCUUAACUUCUUACCUUUAGCACAAUGGAGAUAAAUUUGAUACAAGAUAAGCUGUAUAGACUGAUGGCAAUCAAGAGUGUUUGUCUGACACAUUUACUUUCCAUCAUUGACAUAUUAGUAAUGUUAAAGCAUACAAUCCUGUACAACCAUAGCUUCUUUUAUGAGUUAAAAAUAGGCCAUACGGGAUUUUUAGAUUGAAUUCAUAGAAUAGGAUAGUAACAUCAUAGAAUGGUUUGUGUUGGAAAGGAACUUGGAGGUCAUCUAGUUCCAACUCCCUGCCCCCCAGCCCACUUCUCUGUUGUGGGGAGGGAUACCUUCCACUAAAGCAGGUUGCUCAAAUUCCCAUCCAGCCUGGACUUGAACACUGCCAGGGAGGUAUGUGGCAUCCACCACUUCUCUUGCAAACCUGUUCCAGUACCCCACCACCUUCACAGUAAAGAAUUUUUUCUUAAUAUCUAACCUAUAUCUAAAUGCCUCCUUUUAGUUUAAAGCCAUUCCCCUUCUCCUAACAUUACAUGCCCCUGUAAAAGACUCCCUGUCCAGCUUUCCUGUAGGCCCCCUUAAGGUACUGAAAGGCUGCUCUAAGGUCUCUCCAGAGCUUUCUCUUCUCCAGGCUGAACAGCCCAAACUCUCUCAGCCUGUCCUUAUAAGUGAGGUGCUUAGCCCUGUGAUUGUGACCCUUGUCUGGACUCACUCCAACAGGUCCAUGAACUCAUUAUGCUGGAGCCUCCAGGGCUGAUGCAGCACUCCAGGUUGGGUCUCACGAGAAUAGAGUAGAUGGGGAGAAACCCCUCCUUGCCCUGCUGUCCAUGCUGCUUUUGAUGUAGCCUGGGAUACAAUUGGCUUGUUGGGCUGUAGAAGCACACUGCCUGGUGAUAUUGAACAUCUUCCAUUCUCC